AUGCUGUCAGGUUCAUUGGCUGUGGUCAGCCAGACUGGCAACUCUCUCAGCUUCUUUGACCUUGCGACAGGAAAGAGGACGGUACAUAUGACAGAUUUGAUCUCAGAGCCCCACGAAUUGCUAGUCGAUAAUAAAACGGGUUUGCUAUAUCUCACUCACUCAUACCGCCACGGUCACUUCUGGGUUCAUGGGGAUAACGGCUUCGAAAUCAGUGUCAUCGACCCAAGACAAAAGGAAAUGGUAGAUGUAAUUAACAUCAAACCGGCAUUGGCUCCUCAUGGCAUGGCGCUGGAUGAGUCUCGGGACAUUUUAUGGUGCACUUAUGAAGAGCAUGAGACCGCUUCGUCUGGAGGGCUGGUCGGUAUUGACCUGAGCACGAGGAAGGUGAUCAAACGAGUUGAAAGCUCGACAAAGACGCACUGGUUCGUUAUGACACCUGACGGGAAAAAGGCCUUUACCUGUAACAAGACUGCGCCUUUCAUUUCGAUCCUGGACCUGGAGAACGAGCGCAUGGUUGGGAAGAUUGACGCCAUGGGAACGGAGGAGUGCUCGAUAUCCUUAGAUGGCACGCGUGCCUUUUUCCCAACUCCAGGCACUCAAUUCGGGAAACACCACAGCCAUCCACGAGUUCUGGUUAUCGAUACCGUCACUAAUGCGGUUGUCGAGACGAUCUCACUAGAGUUUGGUGCUCAAUCCGUGCAUGUAACUGGGAACGGAAGGUUAAUGGUUGGCGAAUAUCGUUUUAACACUGAUGCUCCCACGGGUGACUUGGGCAAGGCUGUCCUAGAAGGUCAACUCACGGUCUACGACGGCCGAACCCACCAGCUCUGCGGCAGGGCUCCGAUCGGUAAAAUGCCGCUGACGAUGCAUUCCUCCCCAGAUGGCAAGCUCGGUUUUGUGGCAAAUAUCUUUUCCGGCUCCGUGACUGUGGUAGAUCUUGUGAACUUUACAGUUUUAAGGACCUUGAUCGUCGACACCAAGGUGAAAGAAAUAUCCAAGAUGUGUCAGGGUGCACAUGGCAUGGUCUAUUUUCCCUAG